AUGACUUUUGCUGGCCAGAAAUUCAUCUACGUAUGCAACUACGACAUUGCGAAAGAGCUUUACGAUGGUGCGAGGUUCCAUAAGAUCGUGGCUUCUGGAGUCGCCAACCUUCGUUAUGCCGCUGGCAACGGUCUCUUUACGGCGCAGGUAGAUAAUCAUGAGUGGGAGAUUGCCCAUCGCAUACUUCUACCGCACUUCGGCGCCUCAGAAAUCAGGAAUAUGUUUCAAAGUAUGAUCGACGUUGCAGAGCAGCUGUGUCUCAAAUGGGCGCGUUUCGGGCCAAAAGCCUUGAUCAACGUUUCCAGCGACUUCACGCGGCUUACACUUGAUACAAUAGCGCUCUGUACUAUGAGCUUCCGCUUCAACAGCUUCUACUUGGGUGACCGUGUACAUCCCUUUGUCGAAGCCAUGACAGCUGUCCUCGCCGAGGCCGAAACACAAUCAGGGAUACCGCCGUAUCUGAGCUUUCUGCGUUGGAGCUCACAAGCAAAGUUCUUCAAGAACAUCAACUUCAUGACUCAGACUUGCAGAGAGAUCAUUGCUAACAGGCGAGAUGUGAACACGGAGACUCCAGACCUACUUGACGCCAUGCUGACUGGACGAGAUGCAAAGACGGGAGAAGAGAUGACAGAGGAGUCCAUCAUCAACAACAUGAUCACUUUCCUCAUUGCAGGCCAUGAAACCACCUCAGGCUUGUUGUCCUUUGUCUUUUAUUUCCUACUGGAAAACCCCGAAGCGCUUCAAAAAGCUUACGACGAAGUUGGCUCUAUAAUUGGCAGCGAACGAAUUUCCGUAAAUCAUCUGCAGCAACUACCUUUCAUUGACGCCGUACUCAAAGAAACCCUUCGUUUGAUGCCAACUGCUCCCGGCUUCUUCGUCACCCCUUUCAAGACGGAAAUCCUGGGAGGGAACUACGCAAUCCACGCCGGUGAGCCAAUACUGGCUCUGCUUCAUCUCAUACAAAGGGACCCCGCGGUUUGGGGAGAUGAUGCCGAGGAAUUCAAACCUGAAAGAAUGCUGAAGCACAACUUUGAAAAGCUUCCGAAAAGUUCUUGGAAGCCUUUUGGAAAUGGCAAGAGAGCAUGCAUUGGCAGAGCCUUUACAUGGCAGGAGGCUCAGUUGGAUCUCGCGCUUUCGUCCUCAGCCAUGCCUCCCCUCAGACUGUUGCUGGCCGCGGCGUGUAUGCUUGGCAACUCGCUCCCUGCAUUUGCGCAGACCACCGAUGUCGAUAGCGACAUCAUUGAGCCUGCCGAUUUCAACUUGUCCAAUGCCUUAUUGGAGCACGGGGUCGCGGUCUCGGAUGUCCCUGGCUUAUCAAACCUCGGAAAGCCAUCACAGCCCGAAUGCUCCGUUGCUUGCGACACGCUCAAAUUUCUCUACGGAGACGGAGCUGUCGAAACCAGAAAUGAGACAGCCUACAACAGUUUCGUAGGGUCAUAUUGGUCGGCAAACCAGGCUGCGGUCAGGCCUCGGUGCAUCUUCAAACCGUCCCAGGCCGCGCAGGUCUCUGUGUUUGUGAUCCUGUCUCGUUUGACCCAGUGCCCCUUCGCGGCCAAGAGCGGUGGGCAUGCUGCCAUGGCUGGCGCCUCCAGUGCUCAGGACGGCAUCACCGUUUCGUUUAUGAACAUGACGAGUAUCAAGCUGUCUGACGACAAGAAGAUUGCUUCCAUCGAGCCUGGGAAUAUUUGGGGCGACGUCUACAGAGAGCUUGCCAAGUCUGACAUGACCGUUAUUGGAGGCCGGUUGUACAACAUUGGCGUCGGAGGACUGACGACCGGAGGUGGAAUUUCCUACUUUUCCAAUGAGCACGGCUGGGCUUGUGACAAUGUGGAAAGCUACGAUCUUGUCGUUGCGACUGGCGCCGUGAUCCGAGUCUCGGCGACGACUUAUCCGGAUCUCUUCUGGGCCCUCCGUGGUGGCGGCAACAACUUCGGGCUGGUCGUCAACUUCAACCUCAAGACAACCCCCCUCCAAGGUGGCAAGAUGUGGGGAGGCAGAAGGACGUACACAGAGAACAACUUUGACAAGGUUGCUGAGGCGUUCCACAACAUUGUCGUCAAUUCCGAACAAGACAACAAAGCCGGUUUGUGGCACGUCUGGAUGUAUGCCUUUGAAACCAAAAUGGCGGUUCCGACACUGUACUACAGCGAGCCCGACGGCAGUCAAGCUGCUAUUUUCGACGAGUUCAACAAGAUUCCAGCCUUCGAUGAUGCUACACAGGAUCACAUCCUAGCGGACUUUGCCGCUCAGGGCAUGAACGAUACGCCCCCGGGCCUGCACGAAGUCUACUAUGUCAUCAGCACAAAGGCGGACUUGAGCCUUCAAAAUUGGGCCAAAGAUCUCUACUUCAAGGAGGUCAUGGCCGUCGCGAAUAUUUCUGGCAUCGUACCCGCUCUCACGAUGCAAGGUAUCACGAUUCCGCAGCUGAAGAAAAUGCGAAACAACGGCGGAAAUGCGUUGGGUUUGAACGUUGACGAUGGGCCACUCUACAUCAUCCAGAUGGCUGUCAUGUGGGCCGACGAAAAAGACAGCGAGGCCGUCUACCGUUUUGCGUCCAACCUCCUCGAGAAAAUCUCCAACGAGGCAAAGAAGCGAGGGUUGUACAAUGACUUUGUGUACAUGAACUACGCCAGCCAGUAUCAGGACGUGGUCAGCAGUUACGGGAAGGACAACAAAGACAGGUUGAAGAGUAUCUCUACGAAGUACGAUCCCAAUGGUGUCUUUCAAAAGCUGCAGCCGGGAUAUUUCAAACUUGAUCGUGCGCCAAUUACUGGCACCAAAUACUUUUCGUUCUAG